AUGGUUCUCCAAGAUCUCGGGCGCCGUAUCAACUCGGCCGUCUCGAACCUCACGCGCGAGCAGAAUGUCGACGAAAAGGAGAUCGGCAACGCCCUCAUCGAGGCCGAUGUCAACCUCAAGCUCGUCGUUCAGCUCCGCAAAUCGAUCAAGACAACGGUCAACUUCAAGGAGUUGCCGCCAGCCGUGAACAAGAAGCGCCUCAUUCAGAAAGCCGUCUUUGAUGAACUCGUCAAACUCGUGGACCCGCACUGCGAAUCGUUCAAGCCGAAGAAGGGAAAGACGAAUAUCAUCAUGUUUGUCGGUCUACAGGGUGCCGGUAAGACGACGACAUGCACCAAGCUCGCGCGACACUACCAGACGAGAGGGUUCAAGGCAUGCUUGGUCUGUGCGGAUACCUUCCGUGCCGGUGCGUUUGAUCAGUUGAAGCAGAACGCGACGAGGGCCAAGAUCCCAUACUAUGGUUCAUUAACGGAGACCGAUCCUGCGGUGGUCGCGCGACAGGGUGUGGAGCAGUUCAAAAAGGAGCGCUUCGACGUGAUUAUUGUCGACACGUCGGGAAGGCAUCAGCAGGAGGCCGCCCUGUUCCAGGAGAUGAUGGACAUUCAGGCCGCAAUCAAGCCUGACGAGACCAUCAUGGUGCUGGACGCUUCCAUCGGUCAGCAAGCCGAAUCGCAGGCAAGGGCGUUCAAGGAGGCAGCUGAUUUCGGAGCCAUCAUCAUCACGAAGACAGACGGUCAUGCGUCAGGUGGUGGUGCGAUAUCCGCCGUCGCUGCAACGCACACGCCCAUUGUGUUUAUCGGUACCGGUGAGCACAUGAUGGAUUUCGAGAAGUUUGCGCCGCAGCAGUUUGUGCAGAAACUCUUGGGCAUGGGCGAUAUGCAGGGGUUGGUGGAGCACGUCCAGAGCCUGAACCUCAACCAAAAGGACACAAUCAAGCACAUCCAGGAGGGUAUCUUCACCGUGCGCGACCUGCGCGACCAGCUCUCGAACAUUAUGAAGAUGGGCCCGCUAUCGAAGAUGGCGGGCAUGAUUCCCGGCAUGGGCAACAUGAUGCAGGGCAUGGACGACGAGGAGGGUAGCGCCAAGCUGAAGCGUAUGAUCUACAUCUGCGACUCGAUGACCGAGAAGGAGCUGGACUCGGACGGCAAGAUCCUGAUUGAACAACCGUCGCGCAUGACACGCAUUGCCCGUGGUUCAGGAACAUCAGUGCGCGAGGUGGAGGAUCUCUUGACGCAACAACGGAUGAUGGCCGGCAUGGCCAAGAAGAUGGGCGGGAACAUGAAGAACAUGCAGAAGGCGCAACAGGCGAUGGGUGGCGGCGGCAACAAGGCCCAGCAGAUGGCUGCCAUGCAGAAGCGACUACAAAGCAUGGGAGGCGGUGCUGGCCGAGGUGGAGGCAUGCCCGACAUGGGUAGUCUGAUGAAGAUGUUCGGUGGAGGCGGCGGCGGCGGCGGCGGCGCGGGCAUGCCUAACGGUAUGGACAUGCAAGCUAUGAUGCAGCAGAUGGGUAUGGGAGGCAUGGGCGGUAUGCCUGGGAUGGGAGGCAUGCCCCAAGGCGGACGAGGACGGCGAUAG